GGCUCAAAGGCUGCUGAACCUCUCUUUGCAAGAAGCCAGUUUUGCACCUGUGUUUCUGAGUUUGGGCAAGCCCAGAACAAUGGUCACAAUUGAGUCAGAAUCAGACUUCUAUGACGUUUUUGAGAUCCUGGGGAAGGGGACAUUUGGGGAAGUGGUGAAAAGCUGGAAACGGAGCACGGGGGAGAUGGUGGCGAUCAAGAUCCUGAAGAAUGACUCCUACCGGAGCAGAAUCAUCAAGAACGAGCUGAAGCUGCUACAAACCAUGUCGGAGGUCGACUCAGAGCAGUCUCACAUCGUCCAGUUCCAUGAGUUUUUCCAUGAUGAGCUCAAGUUCUACUUGGUCUUUGAGCUGUUGGAACAAAACCUCUUUGACUUCCAGAAAGAGCACAAUUUUUCCCCUUUGCCAGUCCGCCACAUUCGGACAGUGACCACACAGGUGCUGAGAGCCUUAGCCAAGUUGAAAGAGCUCUCCAUAAUCCAUGCAGACCUGAAGCCUGAGAACAUCAUGUUGGUUGACCAGGUGAGGUAUCCUUUCCGAGUCAAGGUGAUUGACUUUGGCUCAGCCAGCAUCUUCAACGAGGUGCGUUACGUUAAAGAGCCAUACAUCCAAUCCCGAUUCUACCGGGCACCAGAGAUAUUGUUAGGGCUGCCGUUCUGUGAGAAAGUGGAUGUGUGGUCCUUGGGAUGCGUCAUGGCAGAGCUGCACCUUGGCUGGCCCCUCUACCCUGGGAACAAUGAAUAUGACCAGAUAAGAUACAUCUGUGAGACUCAAGGGAUACCCAGGCCCAAUCUUCUUAAUGCCGCCAGAAAAGCCCACCUCUUUUUCAAAAGAAGCCAGCACCCCGAGGCGGUGAAUUCUUGGCAGCUGAAAACCCCAGCAGAAUAUCUGUCGGACACCAAGGUGAAAUCUGUGGAAAGGAGGAAGUAUGUGCUGAAGUCCCUGGACCAGAUGGAGACAGUGAAUGUCCACAAGAUGAUCUACCCAGACAGUGAGGCCUUGGCUGAAUACUUUGACCUCAGGAGCAUGGUGGAGCUCAUCAAGAGAAUGUUGACUUGGGACUCCCAUGAGCGCAUCACACCUAGCGCAGCCCUGAAGCACCCCUACAUUUCCACACAGCCACUCAAGCAGAACUAUGACCUCACCCAGUACUACCAGUUGUGCAUGAGGAGCCUCCAUGAUUCACUACCCAACCAGGGAAAGGCUAUGGAGGAGGAAACUCAGGUCUACAGUGCCAUGGAAGAGGAGCACUUCUACUCUGGCCAGGAGCCUUUCAAUGAGGAGAAUGCUCAUGGCAUCCAAAGGACCACCAGCCAAAUGGAUGAUCUUAGCAUUGCUGAAGCCAACCGGGAGGUGCCCCUGAAAGUGUGGGGUGAAGGACCAAGUGAGGGGCUCUAUGAACCUCUCUCUGGUCACACAGAGGCUGCCUCUGGCCGGCGCAAGCCCCUCCACCAAAACCUCCGUUUGCGCCAUGAGCAGCAGGCCCAGCAAGAGCCUAUCCUGCCGUAUUACAGGAACCGGCAUGAGAGUCCCAAGCAUCGCAAAGCAUCCCACCAUGCCAAGUUGGACCCCACAUUUGAAAACCUCAUCUUGCUGGGACAAUACUCACCAGAGGAUAUCCCAAACUGGGAGAAGGAGAGUAACACCAGCACUGCUUCCAUGCCAGAGUCCAAAUCAAAGGAGGAUCCCAAUUACCCCAAAGGUCUGGUGUCCAACACUCAGCAAAGAGGCCCCACCGAAGCAUUUGAACCCGCCGCCACUGCUGCCACGAUGCAGCUGUCUGGGCCUGCCACCUGGCUGUCGGAGGAGGACUGGCUGGCCAAGCAUGGCUUGGACCGAGGGGCCGCCCCACUCAAGGCCAUGCUCCACGCCCCGCGGAACCGCCACCACCAGCUGCAGCCCCCUUACCUCCAACACAUCGCCAGUCACCACUGACCCAUCUGCGGCGGGGCUCCUUUGCCCAGGCAGGACAAGGGCAGAGGUGCAGCGGAGAAGAGAAAGGAGAGAGACAGAGAGAGAGAAAGAAAGAGGGGGGCACCCCAGUGGGGCCCUGCCCUUGAACAGAGAACCUUUGUAGCCCUGAAAUAUUUAGACUGUUCCUGGCUGCCCCCAGCUGCUUCCUUCAUAAUAAAG